AUGAAACAGCGUUUACAGAGACGAUUGAGUGGCCAAGGCUUUGGUCGCUCUGAUCUAUCUAUCUAUCUAUCUAUCUAUGCCUGUUCUUUUUCUAUCUAUCUAUCUAUCUAUCUAACUAUCUAUCUAUCUAUCUCUGCCUGUUUUUCUAUCUAUCUAUCCAUUGAUAUAUCUUACACUCCAUAUAACGUUGCUCUCUCCUCUAUCUAUCUAUCUAUCUAUCUCAUGCCAUUCCUAUCUGACCUCCACCACCACUCCAUUUCUCGCUCUCAACUUAUAUUAAACUAUCUAUCUAUCUAUCUAUCUAUCUAUCUAUCUCAGUCUGUUCAUGUCAAUAUGUCUAUCCUAGUCUGUUCCUAUCUAUCUAUCAUCUAUCUAUCUAUCUAUCUGUUAUUUACUUCAUAUCUAUCUAUCUAUCUAUCUAUCUAUCUAUCUAUCUAUCUAUCUAUCUAUCUAUCUAUCUCAGUCUGCUCACAUCUAUCUAUCGCAUAUGUUCAUAUCUAUCUAUCUAUCUAUCUCAUUCAUUUCAUACCCAUCUAUCUAUCUAUCUAUCUAUCUAUCUAUCUAUCUAUCUAUCUAUCUAGUCUAGUAUGUUCAUAUCUAUCUAUCUAUCUAUCUAUCUAUCUAUCUAUCCUAGUAUGGUCAUAUCUAUCUAUCUAUCUAUCUAUCUAUCUAUCUAUCUAUCUAUCUAUCUUUCCUAGUAUGUUCAUAUCUAUCUAUCUAUCUAUCUAUCUAUCUAUCUAUCUCAUUCAUUUCAUAUCUAUCUAUCUAUCUAUCUAUCUAUCUAUUCUAGUAUGUUCAUAUCUAUCUAUCUAUCUAUCUAUCUAUCUAUCUAUCUCAUUCAUUUCAUAUCUAUCUAUCUAUCUGAUUUUCACAUUAAUAACAACUCGUCUUCCCUUCUACUAUUUUCGAAAAUGUUCAACGCUAAACCCUCGAUUUUAUUCCUCUUCCGGCUCGAGUUUAUCUCCGGGAUUGCGAUCUUAUGUUCAGCCAUCCAUCCCCGGGGGUAUGGAUUGUGGGGGCGGGGCUUGCCUUACAAGCUGCCUUCUUCAUUUCAGCUCUAUUUAUCGAUUCACAACGGCUGCUGGCUGUGAUUCGAACGAAUAUUUAAUCACAUCUAUCUAUCUAUCUAUCUAUCUAUCUAUCUAUCUAUCAGUCUGUUCUAUUUCUAUCUAUCUAAUUAUCUAUCUAUAUAUCUAUCUCUUCAAUCUGUUGUUUCGUUUAUAA